AUCAAUUUUCUCAGUCAUUCGCGAGACACCGGCAUUUAUAGUCGACUGAAGAAGGUCACUAUUCUAAGCCGGCUUUUGCGUUCUAUUUAAAAAAAUUGCUUUGAAAAUUAUUUUAAAGACAAAAUCUGUGAAAGUGUGACGAGAGUACAGUGCAAUUUUUGAGCACAAUUUUUUAAAUCAAUUAAACUUCUUUCCGAGGUAUGGAGUGGGAAGGGCCGGCCAAGCAAGGCUUGUACGACCCUCAAAACGAGCACGAGGCCUGUGGCGUUGGUUUUGUUGUCGCUAUCGACGGAAAACGUACCCAUAAAAUCAUCCGCGAUGCCGAAACCCUCGCGAAACGUAUGGAACAUCGUGGUGCCUGCGCGUGCGAUAACGACACCGGAGAUGGUGCUGGGGUAUUGACUGCCAUUCCGCAUCAAUUCUACUGCGCUCAGCUAAGAGACUCGCACCAAAUAGAUCUUCCUCCAUUCGGGAAGUAUGCCACGGGCAUAUUCUUUCUGGACAAGCUCCAUCACCAGAAUAUUGAAGCCAAGUUCUUGAUUCUGGCUGAGAGUCUUGGGCUUAAAGUCCUCUGUUGGAGGACUGUUCCAACCAACAAUUCUACCAUUGGUCAAGUGGCUCGCAACUCGGAGCCAUAUAUGCGCCAAGUGUUUGUAACUGGCGAUAUUGACGACGAACAACAUCUCGCCCGUCAGGUGUUCGUGUUGCGGAAACGUGCGUCCCACGAGCUUGUCUUGCCGGGAGCUCGGUUCUAUAUUUGCAGUCUGUCCUUGAAAACCGUCGUCUAUAAAGGAUUGCUGACUUCCAACCAAUUAUGGGAAUACUUCAAAGAUCUGACAAACCCCGCGUUCACAACGUACCUGGCGCUGGUGCAUACCAGAUUCUCCACGAACACCUUCCCAAGCUGGGAGAGAGCACAUCCUUUAAGGGUUCUAGCUCACAAUGGAGAGAUAAAUACGUUGCGAGGUAACGUGAACCUGAUGAAGGCCCGCGAAGGUGUGAUGAAGAGCAACAAGUUUGGAGAUGACCUGAAGAAACUCUACCCGGUGGUGGAACCAAAUCUAUCCGAUUCUGGUUCGGCUGACUGCGUUUUGGAGUUCUUACUCCACGCCGGAAAUAGAUCUCUUCCCGAAGCCGUCAUGACCAUGGUGCCAGAAGCAUGGCACAAUGACCAGACCAUGGACAAAGAGAAGAGAGACUACUACAUGUGGGCUUCUUGUGCCAUGGAACCCUGGGACGGGCCAGCUUUGAUUUCCUUCACUGAUGGGCGGUACAUAGGUGCCAUACUUGAUAGGAACGGUCUCCGUCCAUCUCGAUUCUACGUCACAAAUGAGAAUAUCCUUGUCAUGGCGUCUGAGGUCGGCGUGUAUGAUGUUGAUCCGGAGAAAGUCAUUCUUAAGAGUCGUCUGAAACCAGGUCGUAUGUUGCUUGUUGAUACUGAAGACAAACGAAUAAUUCAAGAUGUUGAACUCAAAAGAAAAAUUGCCCAAAGCAGACCACAUUCGCAAUGGAUUCAAGAACAGAUGUCAAUGGAAGAUAUCCACAAAUCGAUACCAGGGCCGAUUGGUUCUCUUAACGGAGGUACCACGGAACCUAUAUCUGGUCUUUCGGAUAUGAGACUGGGUCUCUUCGGAUACACCAUCGAAUCGAUUAAUAUGCUGCUUCUGCCAAUGAUACAGAACAAGAAAGAAGCUCUAGGAAGUAUGGGUAAUGACGCCCCAUUGGCUUGCCUUUCUCAGUUCCAGCCUCUACCAUACGAAUACUUCAAACAAUUAUUCGCACAAGUUACGAACCCGCCCAUCGACCCUUUCAGAGAGAAAAUCGUGAUGUCCCUAAUGUGCCCAAUUGGUCCCACUGCUAAUAUACUGGAACCGAGUGCCGAGUUCGUUCAUCGACUGUUUCUGCCUCAACCCAUUCUCUCCAUACCCGACUGCGAGGCUUUAAAGAAGAGUAAUUACCGGGGAUGGAAGACAAAAGUAAUAGACUGCACUUUCGAAUACACUGAUGGGCCUUUGGGCCUAGAGGCAGCAUUAACCAGUAUCUCAAAAGAGGCCCACAGUGCUGCAACCGCUGGCUACCAACUUCUGGUGCUUUCUGAGCGAUUGGCCGGACCCAGACGAGUGCCAGUUAGCUCUUUGCUUGCUCUUGGUGCGGUCCAUCAUCACCUGAUCGAGACACGUCAGCGUAUGAAGGUUGGGAUCAUCGUGGAAACUGCUGAAGCGAGAGAAGUGCACCAUAUGUGUGUUUUGCUUGGUUACGGUGCAGACGCUAUAUGUCCAUACUUAGCAUUCGAGCUGGCGUUUUCACUACGAAACGACAACAUUCUGGAGCCGACCUUAACCGAUGAUGACAUAUACACGGCGUACCAGAAAUCCAUUGAGACUGGAUUGGCCAAAGUAAUGGCCAAGAUGGGCAUCAGCACCUUACAGUCGUACAAAGGUGCCCAAAUCUUCGAGGCUGUUGGGCUCAGUGAGGAAGUGGUGGACAAGUGCUUCAGAGGCACCCAAUCAAGGAUUGGUGGUGUAACAUUCGAAAUAUUAUCGAAAGAGAUAUUCGACCGACAUGCUCUCACCUACGGAGAUUGUAAAGAUAUGCUGGUGUUACGGAACCCUGGAUAUUACCACUGGCGCGCGGGUGGCGAAAAGCACAUCAACGAUCCGAUGUCCAUUGCCAACCUGCAGGAAGCCGCUUCCAACAAGAGCCAAUCCGGAUAUGACCGAUUCAAGGAAAGUGCGUUGGAGUCCGUCCGCGCCUGUACCCUUCGUGGGCAACUGGAGUUGGUGAAAUUAGACGAAUCCAUCCCGUUAUCUGAAGUAGAACCCGCUUCGGAGAUCGUCAAGAGAUUUGCUACUGGUGCCAUGUCCUUCGGAUCGAUAUCUUUGGAGGCUCACACGACACUGGCAGUCGCAAUGAAUCGUAUCGGAGGCAAAUCCAAUACUGGGGAAGGAGGAGAAAACGCCGAUAGGUAUUUGAAUCAGGAAGAAGAAUUCAACAAGCGAUCCGCGAUCAAGCAAGUAGCAUCGGGUCGUUUUGGGGUCACAGCGUCAUAUUUGGCUCAUGCAGACGAUCUACAAAUCAAAAUGGCGCAGGGGGCGAAGCCCGGUGAAGGGGGAGAGUUGCCUGGAUACAAAGUAACGGAAGACAUAGCUCGUACGCGUUGCUCCGUGGCUGGCGUAGGGCUGAUAUCACCUCCUCCACACCACGAUAUCUAUUCCAUUGAGGACUUGGCUGAGCUGAUCUACGAUCUGAAAUGUGCCAACCCUAGAGCCAGGAUAUCUGUCAAACUUGUGUCCGAGGUGGGCGUGGGUGUGGUCGCUUCUGGAGUCGCCAAGGGUAAAGCCGAGCAUAUAGUGAUCUCAGGCCACGAUGGUGGAACGGGAGCAAGUUCCUGGACUGGAAUCAAAAGUGCAGGUUUACCUUGGGAGCUUGGAAUCGCGGAGACCCAUCAGGUUCUGGUGCUCAAUGAUCUUCGCUCCAGAGUUGUCGUACAAGCUGAUGGCCAGAUCCGUACUGGAUUUGACGUGAUGGUGGCAGCUCUCCUCGGUGCUGAUGAGUUUGGCUUCAGUACAGCACCUCUCAUUGCGCUUGGAUGUACGAUGAUGCGUAAAUGCCACUUGAACACAUGUCCCGUCGGAAUCGCCACUCAGGAUCCGGUGCUGAGGAAGAAGUUCGCUGGCAAACCGGAGCAUGUCAUCAACUAUCUAUUCAUGUUGGCUGAAGAGGUUCGUGAACACAUGGCGGCCGUGGGAGUACGUCGCUUCCAGGAGCUGAUCGGUCGAACGGACCUACUCAAAGUACGUGAGAACAACGACAACCACAAAGCCAGAGCUCUGAACCUGAGUCUGAUACUGAAGAAUGCCUUACACAUGCGACCAGGGGUUAAUAUCAUCGGAGGAUCUAAGUCUCAGGACUUCCAGUUGGAAAAGCGUCUAGAUAACCAGGUGAUCCAACAAUGCGCUGGUAUUUUGGAAGGUACUGAGAAGCAUGUCGAUAUCAGUUUGAGAAUCACCAACGAAGAUCGGGCAUUUACGUCCACUCUUUCGUACCAUAUUGCGAUGAAAUACGGAGAGAACAGUCUACCUGAAGGUUCUUCAAUAAAUAUAUCGCUGACCGGUUCAGCUGGUCAGAGUUUCUGCGCUUUCCUUUGCAAAGGAGUGACUGUCACUUUAGAAGGAGAUUCUAACGACUAUGUCGGCAAAGGAUUAUGCGGGGGCAAAGUUAUUAUCUACCCACCAAAGUGCUCCCCAUUCGAGUCUCAUGUGAACGUGAUCGUUGGAAAUGUGUGUUUGUACGGCGCCACCUCGGGACGGGCUUAUUUCAGGGGUAUAGCAUCGGAACGUUUCUGCGUACGUAAUUCUGGAUGCGUCGCCGUCGUGGAGGGAGUAGGAGACCAUGGAUGUGAAUACAUGACAGGAGGAACCGUCCUGGUGUUGGGUCUCACUGGGCGGAACUUCGCUGCUGGAAUGAGCGGUGGUAUUGCGUAUGUCUACGACAUCGACGGCUCCUUCAAGGGAAAAUGCAAUCCAGAAAUGGUGGAACUGCUGCCCUUGGAGAAACAGGAUGACCUGGAUGUAGUGAGGACAUUGCUGGAAGAAUUUGUGGAGUAUACUGGAUCGAUAAUUGCCAAAGAAUUCCUAGACACUUGGCCGGAACCAGCGCACAAGUUUGUCAAAGUUUUCCCCUACGAAUACCAGAGGGCGCUGAAACAAAUCGCUCUGAAGCAGCCUUCGCCGCCCAAGGUCGAGGCAAAUGGGAAGAUGGAGGAAAACGGUCUCGUCGAUAUUGAGGAGGCUGUAAGAGAUAUUGAGAAAGACAAGAAGAAUUUGGAGAAGAUAAUCGAUAAGACUAGAGGAUUCAUAAAAUACCCUCGCGAGACUUCGAUGUACCGUCCUGCAGAAAAGCGUUUACGCGAUUGGGACGAGAUAUACAACUUCUCUCACGUGCGUCGCGGUCUUCGAGUGCAAGCUGCGCGUUGUAUGGAGUGCGGGGUGCCCUUCUGUCAGAGUCAGCAUGGAUGUCCCCUGGGCAACAUCAUACCCAAGUGGAACGAUCUGAUAUAUAGAGCGGAUUGGAAGCAGGCGUUGGCGCAUUUGCUACAGACUAAUAAUUUCCCUGAGUUCACGGGUCGCGUCUGCCCGGCGCCAUGCGAGGGCGCCUGUGUCCUGGGUAUAUCGGAACCACCAGUUACCAUCAAGAACAUCGAGUGCGCUAUCAUCGACCACGCUUUUGACAACGGGUGGAUACAACCCGAGAUUCCAACGAAUCGUAAUGGCAAGACUGUGGCAGUUGUUGGUUCCGGACCAGCCGGGUUGGCAUGUGCGCAUCAACUUAAUAAGGCGGGGUACACUGUAAGCGUAUUUGAGCGUAACGAUCGUCCAGGUGGGUUACUCCAAUAUGGUAUCCCCAGUAUGAAACUCGGCAAAGAUGUGGUCGCGAGAAGAAUCAAACUGAUGGCUGCUGAAGGCAUCUCCUUCAAGUGCAAUGUGGAUGUUGGGAAGGACAUCUCCGCUGCUGAUCUCGCGAACGAGUACAACGCGGUAGUCCUAUGCAUGGGUGCGACUUGGCCCCGGGACCUGCCGCUAAAGGGCCGGCAACUUAACGGUAUCCACUUCGCUAUGGAGUUCCUCGAGGGUUGGCAGAAGAAACAGGCUGGACCCACGCAGCAUCACGCCAAAAGCACACAAUACAUCUCCGCUAAGGACAAGAAUGUACUGGUUAUUGGAGGUGGUGAUACUGGUUGCGACUGUAUCGCCACAUCUCUCCGCCAAGGCGCCAAAUCAAUCACGACAUUUGAGAUUCUUCCAGAACCCAAGACUACUCGAGGACAAGAUAAUCCCUGGCCGCAAUGGCCUAGAGUUUUCAGGGUUGAUUAUGGACACGAAGAGGUCAAAGUUAAGUUCGGAAACGACCCCAGGAAAUUCUCCACAUUGACAAAAGAGUUCCUUGAUGAUGGUGAAGGCAACGUUUGUGGAGUAUCUGCCGUUGAAGUGGAAUGGACCCGUGGGGCAGGAGGCAGAUGGGACAUGAAAGAGGUCCCUGGAACCAACAAGGUAUACAAGGCAGAGCUGGUACUCCUCGCUAUGGGCUUCCUUGGACCGGAGAGAUAUGUGGCGAACCAACUUGAAAUACCGGUGGACGCCCGUAGCAACGUAGAAACAGCUAAGGACAAUAUUUACAAAACGCCCGCCAGUAAUAUAUUCGCGGCUGGUGAUUGUCGCCGAGGGCAGUCGCUCGUUGUGUGGGCAAUUUCCGAGGGCAGACAGGCAGCUCGGGCAGUUGACGUGUUCCUUCAGGGGCAAUCUUACCUACCUGGACCUGGCGGAGUUGUUCAUGACCACUAAACCACUCCAUAUUAUGUCGUUUACUUUGUAGAAGGCGCCAAAGAAAGCUUUUCCAGUAAAAAAGAAAAAAAUCUUCUGAAUUUUUAAAACAUUUUUUGUAGUCAAUAUCAAUGUUACGAUAUGACCUUGCGAUUUUUGAGUGAUUUUAAAUAUGUGUUUUAUGUGAUAAUCAAGUUUGAGAGCUGCUUGCAAUUUUCUUUGUAAAUUAAAAAAAUAUUGAAAACUUCAUUAUAUUAUAUUAAUUAUAAAUUUAUUUUAGAAAGAUAGGUACGCAGAGAUUUUUUAUUCAGAACCAAUUACGAAUUACUAAUUUUAUUUAACCAAUUAUUAAUUAGUUUCAAAAACAGCUCCUUAAUUUGAUUAUUUGUUGGUAAAACUAACUCGAAUAGUUUUUCCAAUCUCAACUUAGUUGAUACAUUCCGCUUUUAGGUAACUAAAUUAUAAAUUGUGAUCUCUCCAGUGUAUAUCAAACAAACUUUUCGUUUAAUAAUCAAUACUUCCUUCACAAUUAAAUCGUUAGAAAAGCAGUAUUUAUAUUAGUCAUCAUUGAUAACCCUUAUUUACUCUAGAAAAUAUAUACAAAAGCUAUUUAGAUAUAUAAACAAUAUACAAUAAUGAUAUACUUGGGUGUCUCAGAUUUGGACAAAGAAUAUGAAAUUCAAUUAUAUUAUUUAAUUAGGAAAUUAAAUUUAAAAAAAAAUAUAUGUUUUUUUAUGAUACCGGUGCGAUUGAGUCAAACAAAAAAAAUAGUCAAAAGGACACCAAAAAUUGUGGCUAUGAUAUCGUAAUCUGUGAUUUACAGUAAAGAGAUUAUAGUUGUGCUAUAUAACUUGCGAAUGGAUUUCAUUUUCAUAUCCAUUCUAAACAGAUUUCUAGAAUACUUCUACGGCUACUUCUCUUAAUUAUAAAUAAGUUUCGGGACAUCUUGGAUAAAAAAAGGGUGUAGAGCAGUGUUUUCCAGCGUGGGGCCCACGCCCCACAGGGGCAAUAUGAUUGUUCAACGGGGCUUUUCGAUUUUUUUUUAAAUAAUUGUAGUUUUAGUUUCGUUAUCAAUGUCCAAUAAUUUCUGCCUAAGGUCAUUCAAGUUUCUUAAUCAUUUAAGUUUCUUAAAUUUAAUUUUUUUUGCAAUUCAAUUUUAGAUAUUAAAUUAUAUAUUCAAGAAUGCAAGGCUCAAAAAAGGUUGGGAAACACUGGUUUAGAGGUAACUUCAACUCUCAUAGACCUCUCUGAAAUGUCGAUAACUGUGUUAAUACAUAUUUAAUUAUGAUUUUAAAUUUGUUUUACCAAACAUUUUUAUAGACGUGAUGAGUCUGAACUAACCCCUGUCAGCUGUCAAACCGGACUUUGGCAGUCGAGUUUACGUUUACACUCUGAAAGUAUCCCGCUUAAACUUGCAUCUACAUCUAUCGCCUGUAAUAUUUAUUUGACAGUUCCUAUGCCACAGUCCCUUAAGUUAGAAUAUUUUAAACCAGUUUCUAUUUUAACUUUAAUUAUUCUAUCAAAUUAUUUUAUAUGAAAUAAUAAUUUAAAGUUUGUCUAUGAUACUUUUUUAGGUGGUAUGUUUCCUAUGCUAAAUUUAGAUUUUAAUUAAAAAUAGCACAAAAUAUAUUCCUACUGAGGGACUGCAUAUUAUCUUGUUUAAUAAGUUUUACAAUAAUCGUGUAUUAUAAUAGAAAUUAUUUUUGAAAUAUUGUUAAUUUUAUUUGCAUUGACGUCAACAUUGUUUCUUGUUAUCGUUCCUUUAUUUAAUAAAGUUUUUGUUUAAUUUUUAUUUUUUUAAUUAUAACACAAAUCAUUUAUUCAUAUUCAUUUAAAUUUAAUAUUUCUUGAAAUAUUCGCAUUUUACUAAUGUAACGUUCCAAUCUAUAGUACAAAUUCAAGGCACUAAUUAAAAUAUAGUUUUGUCUUUUAUGUGCCAAAAGAUAUCUUUUUCAUUCAUAGAUUUGGCACUUUACUAGUAAAUAUAAUAUGAAGAACUGUUUCUGGCUUAUUAAGUAUAAUCAAAAUAGUCCAACAGAUAAUAUAAUGUUUGACAAUAAUGAGUGUCGUAGAUAAUAAAUGUAGUGUUGAAAUAAAUAGUUAAAUGUAA